CUAACCGGAACCUGUCUUCACACUAAAGUUUCCCCCGGAAAGCUUAUUUCGUCGCACAUGCUAAAAAGUGUUAGCGGAAGAUAAACAGAGCUUGUUCAACAUGGCAGAGACUCACAGCCUGCAGGACAUGAGGCAGCAGGCCGCCGUCGCUGCCAAAGUCUUUAUUCAGAGAGAUUAUACCAACGGCACUGUGUGCCAGUUCCAAACCAAGUUCCCCUCUGAGCUGGAGACCAGGAUUGACAAACAGCAGUUUGAGGAGACGGUGCGGACACUGAAUAACCUGUAUGCUGAAGCAGAGAAGCUGGGAAGCCAGUCGUAUAUUGAAGGCUGUCUGGCCUGCCUCACAGCGUACACCGUCUUCCUAUGUAUGGAGACUCACUAUGAGAAGGUUUUAAAGAAGAUUGCAAAGUACAUACAGGAGCAGAAUGACAAGAUCUACACACCACGAGGACUCCUGCUCACCGAUCCUAUCGAGAGAGGCCUGCGAGUCGUUGAGGUCACCAUCUUUGAAGACAGAAGCCUGACUAGAUAAAAGCUAUGAGCAGCUGUUUGACUAAGUGAAGCUACAGGGUCCAGCACCAGUGCCCACCUCCCCGAGGACCACCACGACCUGCACCCUUAAUACUGCGUCUCUACAAUCUAUCCCUUCCCACCUACAGUAUGACCUGCAUGUCCCAUUCAGAGUAAACAUUGUGACCAAGUCUGAGAUUUAUUAUUUGUGAUUCUGUCCAUUCAUUUACGGAUCGAGGGUUCAGUCCAGCACAUGCGUGUAUGUAUGUAAUCAAGCCAACACACAUUGUAAGUUAUUUUUUUAUGAAGGACUAUGAAACUGGUUCACACAUGUUAUAACUGAUUGUCUUGGCUGAACUGUUUAUUAGUGCUUAUUAGUGUGAUUUGUUUCUCAGUGUGCCACACCUCGCAGUCUGCUCUGCUAGCUCUGUCUUUCCUGCAUGUUUCCUUUGCAGCGUUUGACCUAAUUACUGUGUCUUGGUCAGGAUCCAAACAUUCCAGUCAAACUGUCAGAUUCUAACCUUGAUACACGUUGAUUUGAUUUUAGAGAUUCUUUUUGACAAACCAAAACUUGUGCUUGCUCUGUAUUCAGCAUGGAAUAUUGAUGAUACAAGACACACUUCUUUUUGUUUUUUGUAAACUGUGGUAUGCACACAUUUGGUGACUACUAUAGAUUUUUGCCUCAUGUCUAUAUAUACAUAUAUACAUAUGUUGUGAGAUUGCCUUAGACUGAAGUAUUAAAAGUGCUCUUGUUAGUUGACAGUGCCUGUAAUGGCUCUGAAUGUUGCCUUUGUUGAAGUCUAAAAGCCCACAUGACACCACGAUUCACUAGUGACAUUCUGCAGUGGUUACAGUUUUUUUCUGGUGGACUUGCUGCGAUCAGUGGAUUCCUUACAGCUAAUGCUUCACAUGGAGUUUGGUGAACUUUCGUUGUUGACUUGUUGAUAGUGCUGACCUUUGAGAGGAGGAAGAAGAAGAAGAUGCUAUUGUAGCUUAUUAGCUGCGUUGCAUCGUUCACUUUUACUUCCUCAGUUGGAGUAUCGACUCAGUUUCAACUGAGCUGACAUUUAGCUCACCAGCUACUGCAGUUCAGCGACUAGACCUGCGAGUCACCCAAUUCCAGAAGCAAAUCUUUUGGAACGACAUGCAGAUUAAUCUGAAUAAUUUAGCUGUACCAUCUUCUGCAGUGACCAGGGCUUCACUGUGAAUGUGUGAAUCAGAUCUUGGCUUUGUUCAACACAAAUCUUCAAGCUAAGAUUGUGACAUGUUAGUGAAACCCUAGAAGGUUGAAUAUACUGUCUUACGUAUGGUAGGUAAUGUUUAACUAUGAAAUUGCUACAUGUAAAAGUAUAGAUUUUUGAAUGCCAUAACUAAAAGUUCAAUCAUCAUGAUGUCUAAUUAUGUAAAUAAAAUAUUAUAAAGAUUUAGAUUUAGCUCAUACCUUAUCUGUAAUUUGAUGUAUUGAACUUUUCUAUAUUCUUUUUCCAGUUGAAAUCCAAUGUUUUGUUAAUCUAAACCCUGUAUGCCAAUAAAGGAAAUGUGCACAUA